AUGAAUCAAAAGUGGUCAAAAGAAAGGAACAGGUGCAAAGUAGAACUUAUCAAGUCAGAACUUCAAAUAAGUCUAAACUUUGAAGAAAACUGUUCAGAUUUUAUUGAAAAAAUAAAGCUUGACGAAAACUUACUUAAAGCAGUAUCAAUCAUAAUAAUUUAUUUUUGUCAUGGAACAGCAGUCACUAUCACAACUUCGUUGACUUCAAAAAUGGUAAAACCCCAAGAACUUGGACGAUUAAAUUCAAUUCAAACUGGUAUGAAUUUUAUACUGACAAUGGGUACGUUAGUUGCGUACAAUGUCCCACGUGGUAGCUAUCAUCAUUUUUCUGAAUUUGGUCAUUAUUGUUUGGUGAUUUUCUUGUAUGUGGUUUUGACCUUGCCUAUAUUAGGUGUAUUCGUGGCUUUUCAUUUUAAGUAUAGAGACUUCUUGACUGAGAAAACCCCGACGAAAAUCAACAAUUCUAUUUACACAAUUAGUCGUUAA